GGGCUGCCCCACCUCCUUGUGAAGUCAGGUGGAUUCAAUGUAGCGAGUGCCGGCCAGAAGUAUCCAAGCAGCUGGAGAGUAACAACCUGGAGGAGCGGUGCUCAGGGUUCGUUGCUCAGGGCAGUGCCAGCAUGUCUUUGUUGGCGCAGAGCCAGCAGUGGUACCCGACGCACGUCAAGGUGGUGGUGAUCCGGUCUCGGGGCCUGCGGAGCAAAGGCAAGGAUGGCACCAAUGACGCCUACGCCAUCAUGCAACUGGGCAAGGAGCAGUACUCCAGCUCGGUGGCGGAGAAGACCGCCGCCCCCCAGUGGCGGGAGGAGGCGGAGUUUGAGUUGCCCCCGCUGCAGUCGGGCCGGGGCGAGAAGAGCACCCUGCGCCUCACCGUCAUGCACCGGGCGCUGGUGGGGCUGGACAAGUUCCUGGGCCAGGCGGCCAUCAGUCUGAGCGAGCUGUACGGCAACAAGACCCGGAGCAAAGUCGGAUGGUACAAGCUGUAUUCCAAAGCCGGGAAGGCGGAUAAGGAGAGGGGCGAGAUCGAGGCUGACAUCCAGUUUGUGCGCAACAACAUGACGGCCAGCAUGUUCGACCUGUCGGGCACGGACAAAUCCCGCUCCACCCUGGGGAAGCUGAAGGACAGGCUCAAGGGCAAGAAGAGAGGCGGCUUCUCGGACUCUGCGUCCGCCAUCGUGCCCAGCCUGGGCACCGUGGCUGACAGCGACGGCGAAGACGAGCUGCCGACCAGCAAGGCAGCCACCACGUCCAGGCUCAAGGGGCUCUUCCCCAAGUCCAACCUGCAGCGCAGCUCGCUCUCUCAGUCCAUGUCGGUCAUCCCCACCGCCCCCUCCUCUCCUCCCAGGGGCACCAGGGACAGGGACAGCCACGGCUUCACGGAGAUAAAGCUACAUGAUUCGGCGGGAGAGGAGACCUCCCCGAAGGGCCUGCACGUCCCCAAGAUUCUGAGCCACAAGCGGGCGGCCAGCGCCGACAACAAGCAGCUGGACCUGGUGCUCUCGGGGAACGCGAGGAAGGAGCCUCUGUCGUUGUUCGGGGGCCUGAGGCCCAAGAGUGACCCGGUGUCCCAGUCCAACCUCUGCAUCAACGGCAGCCAUGUCUACACGGAGGAGCCAGCCCAGGCCGUGCCCCCGCCCAGACCCAGGCCCGAGCCCAGGAGCCGCUUCUACGCCCCGUCCCCCGAAGAGGGCUCGAGACCAGAUAGCCCCCCCCGUGGGCCGGCUGACCCCCCGACCCCCGUCUCGGGCAAGGGGGCACCGGAUGCCGGCGACGAGGGGCGGGCUCGCUCGUUGAACCCCUUCGAGGCUGAGGAGGAGGAGGAGGAAAGGGGGCAGACGCCGGAGCAGGAGGGCGGACAGGAGCUGGCGCCCGAGGAGCCCAGGCCCCAGGCCAAGAAGGAGGAGGUCCGCCGAGGGGGCCUGAUGUCCCUCUUCCCCAAGAAGGCAGAGGCCCCCAGAGCCCCCGAGGGGAAGGACCCCCGCGGGCUGUCCGACGAGGAUCGGGGGGAGGUCAAGAAACCAACGAGUACCUCGGUGUGGGCAAGCAGGACGGCGGCCGUUAAACCCAAAUUGGAGGUGUCUCCGAAGGCUGAAACCGGAGCCGGAACCUCAUCACCCUCUCCCCCGCUCCUCUCGGCUCGGGCCCACCCCUUUGACCUGACCCCGGUCCUCCAGGACGUCCCGUCUCUGCGCUCCCCCUCCUCAGACUCCAGGACAACAGUGUGGGCCUCCCCCCUGCCCCCUCUUCCCAACUCUUCCUCCUCAUCCUCAUCCUGCUCUCCUAAUACCUCAGAGGCCUCCAUCAAGCUCAAAAGGCAGAGGGCGCCAUUCAGGGAGGGCAACAGGACGCCCGCCGAAGACCUCUUCUGGGAGUUGACCCAUGGGAGCCCAGGGACGGGUGGGGGCCAGGGGUCACCUGGGAGCCCGAGGGUGGUGGGAGAGGGGUCAGAAGGCAGGGAGACACGGCCCCCAUCCCAGGAUCCCAGGCUGGCUGGCACCCCGGAGCCAUGGGCCUCUCUUCACCCAGACUCCUCACCCCUGUCCCCAGGGGACGCUGUCACCACCUCCUCGUCCCCAGGGGGCGCUGUCACCACCUCCUCGUCCCCAGGGGGCCCUGUCACCACCACUUUCCCGUCCCCCUCACCCCAGUCCCCAGUGGACACUGUCUCCCCCUCACUCCCAUCCCCGGGGAGCACUGACUCCCCCUCACCCCCAUCCCUGGGAGGUGCUGUCAGCACCAUCUCCCCGUCCCCCUCGCCCCAGUCCCCAGGGGGUGCUGUCUCCCACUCAUUCCCGUCCCUGGUGAGCACUGUCUCCUCAACCCUCCGGGAGCCCCCUGCAGUCCCUCCGAGGGGCGGGACACCCACACCAGGGCUCCCUGUCCCGGUGCCCAGGCGCGCGGCCCGGGUGGACCCACCCCCUUCUCCAGAAGGCCAGCCCGGCGUGGGCCCUUCCCCUCAGGGAAGGGGGUCUGGCUGUGAGAAUGCCGAGCGCCCCAUCCCGGUGACCGCAGGACUGAAGGAGAACGAGGAGGUCUGUCCGGACACCUCCGAGUUUCCCCGUGCACUGCCCGCUCUCCCGGAGGAGCCCCUGGCUUGGAAUGGUGACCCUUCCCACACGGGCAAGAUGGCUGCUGGGGAGGUGGGGUGGAGGGGCGGCCUGGCCGAGGUCGCAGCGCCCCUGGAGGAGCCUUUGACCGAGCCAACCCCCGUGGGCCCUCGCUGGGAGCAGUCCCCGAGCCCGGUCGCCCUCGCUCCUUCCCUCCUCCCGGCCUCUCGUGCUCCUUCACCUCCGGCCCUGUCGCUCCUCCUCUCCCCGUCCCCCCCGCUCCUGUCCCCAUCGUCCUCGCCCAUGAUCAGUGCCGCUCGCUCAGUGAAUCCUCCUGAACCGGGACUUUCUGACCGGAAGAGGCUGCCUCAGGCUAAAGUUUUGCCCACGGAGACACAGCCAAUCGAUUCCCUGAACAGUGAGUCAGCUGUACCUUCCAGACGCAGGAAGCUUGGCGCCCAGUUUGCGCACAUGAAGCUCUCUCCAAGUGUAGCAGGCCUCAUGGACUAUGACCCCUUGGACCCAGCGGCUGCCUAUGCCCAGCUGACCCACGAUGAGCUGAUCCAGCUGGUGCUGAAGCAGAAGGAGACCAUAUCCAAGAAGGACUCUCAUGUGCAGGAGCUGGAGAACUACAUCGACAACCUGUUGGUGCGGGUGAUGGAGGAGACGCCUAACAUCCUGAGGGUCUCGUACCAGCCCGUGAGGAAGGCCGAGCGGGUGUGACCGAGGGGGUGGGGGAAUCCGAUCUCCCCCCACCACCACCGUGCUGCGACCUGAGCCAUUACACGUCCUGCUUUACAACUAGUCCCAGCCUGGAGAGUGGUUUGAUUUUUAUCAUUACUGCUGUUAACGGAUGUUGAGUGUGUUGGGUCAUAUCCCCUCCCCCGUCCAAAUCUCCUCCAAGUGGUGACCGGAGCCCCCUCCGACAGCGCCAUUCCCCCCCCCCCCCCCCC